AUGGCAAUGAUAACAGAGACUACUUGUAAUAUUUACUGCGGACCAUGCGAAUCUAAACAUUCAGAAAACGUAGCUGAGUUUUGGUGCCCAAAUUGUGAUGAAGGUUUGUGCUCAAAAUGUAUGGAGUAUCAUAAGGUUUCAAAAGCUUCCCGUAUGCACAAAACUAUAACAAUAGAAAAUUUCACAACCCUUCCAGAUUUUGUCCGCAACAUAGAUCAUGUAUGUUCGAGUCAUGAUAAUGCCCUAGACCUUUAUUGCAGUGUCCAUGGAGAAGUCUGUUGUAUGGAUUGCAUAAGCGCUGAGCAUUCGGAAUGUCCAGGUAUAAAGUCACUAAUCAAAGAAGUUCAGGGGGUGAAGGAAUCAGCCUUCUACCAUAGCGUUGUGAAACAUAUCGAAGAUCUCACAGAGUUUGCCACUAAACUUCACACUAAUCGUAUAGAUAAUGUAGACAAACUUCAACAGGAAAAAGACUUGCUCAUCGGAGUAGUAAAAUCCAAACGUACAGAAAUUGCAUCUCAUUUGGAUAAAUUAAAACAACAUCUCCUGCUUCAAAUCGAUGUAACCAUGGUUCAAGAAUCUCAAAAAAUCGAAGAGGCUGUUUCUAAUCUGCAGAAAAAAAUAUGCACUCUGAAAGAAUAUAAAAACCACAUUUCUGCCAUCACCGACAUUGCUACAGAUAUGCAAGCAUUUUUAGCCCUAAAAGAAAUAGACAAUCAUGUUGUUCAUGAAGAAGAAACAAUGUUAUGUGUAACGGAAGAGACUGGUAUGAAGGAGACCAGUGUAAGAAUAGAGUUCGCGAAAGAAAUUGAUGGACUUGUACAUGAAAUGAAAAUGAUGGGAAAUGUAGAACUUACAAAGAUAGCAACAAACAUGCACUUCCCGGGAACGAAAUCACAGCUAGUAAAAUCCUCAUCAAAUAUUCAACCAGGAAUAGAGAAUAUCAAACUAACUUUUAUAACAAAAUUCCAGCUUCCCUUUGACAUUGAUAUCAACAUUUGUUGUUGUGUAAUAUUGCCAGAUGAACGAGUAGUCCUGGCAAACAACUCAAACGAAGAAAAAGGAGGAAUACAUAUUUUUUUAUAA